AGUCUUAUCUUGGAAGGUAAAAAUGAGAAUAUGGUGGAUGGUGUGUGACAUGAAAAUAAAAUAGUGUAAUGUUCAAGUUUUGACAUUAAUGGUUUUGACUGCACACUUGAUGAUUCACUGGAUCAUUGGAUAUAUUAGUUAAGUGGCUGGAUAAAAUUACGUGAAUUAGAAGACGUAAUUAAUGUUGUUAAUUUGCCGUAAGGAUGAUGACGAUGGACAUGGGCAUGUCCGGAAGUUAUGGAAAGCCUGAUUCUUAUUUUAGCUUUCAAACUAAUCAUCACCAGUCAUCAACAUCACCAGAUGAACAUGGAUCAGUAUUAAGCUCAGCAGAGUUAACCAAUCAGCAUUACUAUCCUCAAUCAAGUAUUGUACCACAUUCAUCAUCUUCAGAAGUUUACCUGGCGACAGAGUCCAAUUCCUCAGGUACUUCACCACAGACAUUUUAUUCACCAUCAGGGGCUGUUUUAUAUGAAGAUGGUACACCAAUUAUAUCAUCUGAAAAUGGUCUCAGUUACACCAAUCUGGAUUACACAAACUAUUCAGCUAGUCAACACCGCCAGCAGACUAUGUCAUGUCAUGUUGAUUCUUAUCAUCCGGUAUAUCAUCAAGUGGAACACGUUGACUGUAGAGACGAGCAUCGGAUUCCUUCGAGAGUAUACCAGCAAACGACCAUUGUUCAAGUUCCUCUUAAUACUAAGCCAGAUUACGAACCGCUUAAUCACUCUCAAUCUAGUCAAUCUCAUCAUUUCGAUAGUGAAUAUCAUAAACGACCUACUAGCAAUUCUAAUCAUAUCCAAGAGAUCUCGCCGGAGGAUACUCUACGUCAUAGUAGCCAGAUAUCAACUAUACUCAGACAAAAUGAAUAUCCUUCUCAUCCGACGGGACAUUAUAAUGACAAAAAUUCCGAUCUCAGGUCAUAUCGUCCUGGUCUUCAACAACCUACAGGCCACUCGAUUCAUUCUCAAGUUCAUCAAUAUCAUCAACGACGGAUGCAAAGUCAUAUUCUCCAUCAGCAGCAAUCACAACAACAGCAAACAAGUCAAGUGCCAACUUAUAAAUGGAUGCAAGUCAAGAGAAAUGUUCCUAAGCCUAUUGGUAAUAAAAACAAUCAAGUAGGUAUGGAGUAUGGGAGCAUAUCUAUAAAUAAUCCUACCGUGAUUCCGAAUUACACAUCGCUAUCAACAUCUACUAGUUGUCCAAGUACAUCUGUAAGUGGAAUAUCAGCGAAUUUUAAUAAUACAGGUCGUACGAAUUUUACGAAUAAACAAUUAACUGAAUUAGAAAAAGAAUUUCACUUCAAUAAGUAUUUAACCAGAGCUCGACGUAUUGAAAUAGCAUCAGCUUUACAAUUAAAUGAAACCCAAGUGAAAAUUUGGUUUCAAAAUCGACGAAUGAAACAAAAAAAACGUAUGAAAGAAGGCUUGAUAUCUUGUGACACUGCAACAGGAUGUUCAUCUUCAUCACAAGUUGGAGAUACUAGAAGCAGCAGUAAUUCACCGACGGGUUUUUUGAGUCUCGAAGCUACUGGAUCACUUGUGCUUCCUAAUUACUCUAGUGAAAAUAGUCGAGAAUCACUUUCAAUAUCAUCUAAAGAAUAA